CUAGCCAGCAGCAGUAUCCUUGCGCCAAUACCAUGUGCCAGGCGCCACCGCCGCCACCUCCGUCAGCGUCUCCGCCGCCUCCACCAUCUGUUCCCUCCUCAUCAACAGAAACAACCUUCAAUCCCUCCUCCACAGCAGCAAAUUUUCUUUUGCUAACCAUCAAAAGAAGUAUUUUUGCUGCCUACAUCAUCUGCCCUUUCCUGAACUCACUUUUCUUGUUCCCUUAAUUUCAAGAACAACAAGCUUCUUCUGAGUUUUUUUCAGCCCACGGCAGCAAACAUUCUUUCCUUGUUUCCUCUCUUCCACCGUUCUUUCUUCCGACAUCGCUUGAUCUUCCGGACAACACCAGUAGUUUUUCUCUGUCCCGGCAGCCUUCCUCUUUUAUUUCCAGCAACAGGUUAGCUGAGGUCCAAGGCUAGCUGUUUUCUUUUCCAGCAACAGGCCACGGCUCCUCUCCUUUUCUCAGCAGCUUUCCUCUAAAGCUCCUCCGGUGACGGACCUUCUUGUUGGAAAAAGAAUUAUGCGAGAAGAAAUGGACUUUACGCGAAAGAGGAAAAUAAGAAAAUAAAUGUUAACACCAUUCAUUUUCAUUUAUUGAAAAGUAAUAUAUUUAUAGUCUUAUUGGAUAACCACUAAUAUCAAAAGCAUUGAAUCUAGACAAUUUUAUUUUUUAUCACGAACACUCAUUCUUAUCAACAAUUGACACUUCAUUUAUUCGGGGACGGAUCCUCUGGUCCGCAAAGGCUGGACCAAUUCAUGGUCCAGCCUUUGCAUUGGUGGGGGGCAAUGCCCCCCACCUGCCACCUUUAACAGGUGGGGGCCCAUUGCCCCUCACCAAUCCCCUUGUCCCGGUCCAGGACAAGGGGACCAGAGGAUCCGGUCCCCAUUUAUUCUAUCUUUGUAUAUAAUAUUCUGUCUCUAUCUUCUAACUUUAUCUAUAUCUCAUGAACAUUCAUUCUUAUCCAUAAUUGUCAUCUCAUCUAUUCUAUAUCUAUCCAUAAUAUUCUAUCUCUAUCUUCUAAUUUUAUCUCUAUCCAAAAAUAAGUUUAAUUUCCAACACUUCUGUCCUUCUCCUUUUCAUGCACCUCUCAAUUCUUUUUUUCUUUCCCUUUUUAUUCUUCUUCCUUUCUUCCAACUUCUUCCUUCAGCUAAACCCUCCUCUCCUACAGAAGUUAGUCGCCCCAUGCUUUUCCUUUUCCACCUACAACAUUUCUUCUCUUUGUUGGGCAAUCUUUCACAAUGAAGAUUGUUUGUCGGAGAUAGAGGAUUUGUUGAAAUUAAAAUUACAAAUUAAAAUCAACUUCAGACUUGAGAUGUCUGUCGUGACCAUAGAUGUUUGCCGUGACUAGAGACGUCUGUUGUGACCAGAGCCAUGACCAGAGAUGUGUGCAGAGAUGUUUGCCGUGUCCAGAACGUGUGCAGAGAUGUAUGCCGUGACCAAAUAUAGAAGAUACCGAGGUCCGCUGUUCAAGCAGUUUCCUUAAAACAGAUUCGUCAUCUCUAGCUGUUUCCCAUGAUACAACGGUAAAUUGCGAUCCCCACCAAGCAUUGAUAAUUGCAGCGAACUAAAAGGUACCUGAAUGCUAUCACGAGUGAAUCUACUGAGCAGAUGUAGGACAGACAAAAAACAGUGGGAGAAUGUAGGUGGAUAGCGAUCACAUUUCAUGCACACAUCGCUCAAGAUCAUAACAUCCUCUUUUAUAGGAGCUCCAACCUUAUUCAACAUUUAAUUGGCCAAUUAAUCGCCAUUUAGUGCCUUUACUCACCUGGAUCAAAAUGCUUAGAGGUUUUAGAUGCACCAUUAACAUCAGUUAAUGCAUCCGUUAUGCACUUGAGUAGAUAAUAAAAUUGGAUUUGAGUAGCAAAAUGUUGGUUCAUUCCCUUGGAUAAAUUUGGCUCUAAUCAAUCCGACAUUCGUCGCGCGUAGGUUGUGCUCGCACAAGAGUCAACUUGGUUCAGUAUAAUCCGGGUCAUAGAUUUGCAUCCUUGCGCACCCAAGCGUGAGAGAAAGUCUCUCCCCAUGCAUUUGUUUACAACUGCAAUGCUUGUGAAACAAUAUAAACCAACCAAUAUACUUUGAAACUCUUAAUGUAGGACUAAAGUCCCAUUCACAAUGUGAAUGGAGCGUCUUUCCUCUCCACUUCUUUUCCAUUCAUGUAUAUCCAAUAAUCCCCCAAAUGGAAAUAGGGUAUGUGAUAACAUUCAACAGUUGAAUCUUGUAUAGGACAAGUAUGUUUUACCCUUUGAACCUUCCCUUGUAAAGAUUUGUUUACUAUAGUAAACACGAUGCCCUUGAACUGGUGUGCCAUCUAUGUAAGCAUUGACAUAUCUCACCCAAGACUCUCCCUGAUACAACUCAGUUCAUUCUUGGCUAUGAACACGCCUAGUUUUAUGAGAAGUUCUAAGAAUUGUGCCUCUAAUUUUCUUCGAAGCGACUCCACUUCUUUUUCACAUGGGUGAUCUCUUAAGAGUAAAGUCAUAUGCUUAACUUCCAUCCUUUCAUUGGGUAGUUUCCCCACUUAGUUGGUAUAGUUAGGUUAUCCUAUUGAACCUAGUUCUUGUGAUUUCCAGCGUACACAGGUUGGGUUUCCUUUAUACCACUAGUUUUUGUCGGCAUUAAGCCUAUCUCUCGUGAUGAGCUUGCAACUAAUUCUCGAUUUAACUCUUUGGUUAGUGGAUCCACUAGGUUAUCUUUUAACUUCACAAGUGAUAACACUCCUUGAGAGUAAUUGUCUAACGGUAUUAUGUCUACGAUGUAUAUGUCUAGACUUACCAUUAUACAUUUGGCUCUGUGCUUAACUAAUUACCGUUUGACUAUCGCAAUGUAUGUAAAUUGACAACAUAUGUUUUGGCCAUUUAGGAACAUCUUCUAAGAUUGUUGUAGUCAUUUAGUCUCUUCACUACAUUUGUCAAGAGCUACAAACUCAGAUUCUACGAUGGAUCUGGUUAUUAUGGUUUGCUUAGAAGAUUUUCACGAAAUAACUACACCUCUCAAAGUUAUCCAAUUCGCAUCGCUGUAUCCUUCGAUCACAGCAGGAUAUAUCGUAUAAUGCAGGUCAUAUACACAAGUAUACAUUAAGUACCUCAAUACUUUUGUUAUCCCUUUCCAGUGCUCAACACCGGGAUUACUUGUGUAUCUACUCAAUUUACUUACUACGUAGGCUAAGUCUGAUUGUAUACAACUCAUUAAGUACAUCAAACUUCCAAUCAUUCGAGAAUACUCUAUCUAAGAGAUAUUUUUUCUUUGAUUCUUCGAUAGAUGUUGACUCAUAUUUAUUGACAUUCGUGCCAACGUAGUAUCAUUUUUGGUGAAUUUCUCAAGAAUCUUAUUCACGUAAUGAGAUUGACUAAGAACAAGUCCUUUUAAGAAUUUUGAUUCCUAUAAUCAUAUCAGCUAGGUCCAUGUCUUUCAUAUCAAAUCUUGAGUUCAACAUAUUUUUAGUGGAUUUAAUUAUCUUAUCAUUACUUCCAAUGAUAAGUAUGUCAUCUACAUAUAGGCACAAAAAGACAUGGUCAUUCUCUGUGGUUUCAUGUAGACACAUUUAUCACAUUCAUUGAUUUUAAAUCCACUUUCCUUCAUGGCAUUAUCAAAUUUUUCAUGUUACUGCUUUGGUGCUUGUUUCAAGUCGUAUAACGACUUCACAAAUCUACAAAUUUUAUUUUUUUUACCCUGGCAUAGAAAAAAACUCUUUAGGUUGCUCUAUAUAGAUUUUCUCUUCUAAAUCCUUAUUUUAAAAGACCGUCUUUACAUCCAUCUGAUUUAUUUCCAGAUUCCAUAGGGCGACGAUAGUCAAUAAUACUCUAAUCAAAGUUAUUCUCAACACUGGAGAAUACGUAUAAAAGUAAUCAAGGUCUUCUCGUUGUUGGUAACCUUUACUUACCAAUCUAGCCUUGUGCUUAUCAAUUGUGAUAUCUGAUUUCAUUUUCUUCUUGAAGAUCCACUUGCAACCUAGUGAUUUAUUUCCCGGAGGAAGAACACAAGUUCCCAAGUGUGAUUUUAUAAGAUAUAAUCUAUCUCAGAUGCAAUUACCUCUUCAAGUGAGGUCUAUUAGAAGACGUUACUGCUUCUUAGUAACUUUGUGACUCACUUUCUAAUAUAAAAGUGAUAAAAUCUGUUUUGUAGGAUUUUUUCACUCGAGCUCUUUUACUUCGUUUAAGCUCAACCUCAAUUUAUCAUCUUCUUCUUCCUCUUGUUUUUCAAAUGUCUAUUUUUUGGAAUUUGGUUCCUCCUGGGUCUUAUACGGAAACACAUGCUCGAUGAACGACACACUUCUCGAUUCGAUUAUUGAGUUCUUGUGUAUAUUCGGAAUUUGUGACUCAUAUAUAAAAAAUUCAAUAUGCACUGCUGUUAUGUGCAUAUCUAAUAAAUAUGCAAUCAACAAUUUUUUAUCUUAUUUUAAUUCUUUCAGAUCAGGCACCAAAACUUUAGCCAAACACCUCCACAUUCAUAAAUAUUUGUAGGACAGUUAUCUUCCAUUCCACAACUCAUAAGGACUUUUAUCUAUUUUCUUUCGGGGCACCAUAUUUAAAAGGUAAUUAGAUUUUAUCAUAACUUCCUCCACAAGAACUCUGGUAGUCCAGAUCUUAAUAGAAGAGCAUUCAUCAUCUCUUUUAGAAUUUAAUUCUUUCGCUAAGCAACUCCAUUUUGUUGAGUUGUAUAAGGAGCGGUUGUUUUGUAUCUAAUCUCAUGUUUAACAUACAACUCAGCGAAUGGUGAAACGUAUUCACCGCCUCUGUCACUUCGAACCACCUUAAUCUUUUUAUUAAGGUGAUUUUCAACCUUAUUCUUAUAGAGAAUAAAUUUCUCUAUACCUUCAUCUUUACUUUUUAGAAAAUACACAUAACAGUAUUUUGUGUUAUCAUCUACAAAAGUGAUGAACUACUUAUUCCCAUUUCCCACCACAUGUCGGUGUACCUUUUGAAUCACACACGUAAUUAGGCCGAGUGGUUCCUUGCUUCUUUCAACAUGUUGAAAGAAUGAUCUUAUUAUUUUCGUGUUAACACAAAUCUCACACUUAUGUUUUGGGUCAAGAUGGAAUGCAGGUAUGCUUUGUAUGUUAAUUAAUCUAUGCAACACAUCGUAGUUUACGUCCUAGUCUACCAUGCUAAAAACACGAAAAUUCAAACAUAUAAAUAGAAGAUUUUCAAUUUUAUUAACCUUAGGCUUAAUAGCCAUUACAUCGAGUUUGAAUAGUCUAUCAGUUACAUAACCCUUUCCUAAAAAUACUUCAUUUUUAGACAAAGCAACUCUGUCCGACUAAAAAACAAUGCGGAAGCAUGCUUACUUAAUAGUGAUCUGGACAUUAGAUUCUUCCUAAUCUACGAAACAUACAUCACAUUGUUGAGUGUUAACUCCUUGCCCGAGGUCAUUUUCAGGACCAUUUUCCUUUAGCCUAUGAUGUCCGAGGUUGCUAAGUUCUCAUGAACAAUUUGUUCUCAUCUUUAAUUUCUUAAAAGUUGCGGAGGAGCUCCUUAUUGCAACAUAUAUGUCUGGUGGCAUCGAUAUUGACCCACCAUUGUCGCAGAUUUAAACCCACCAUGUUCAGUUCAGAGACCCCGGCACAAAGGUCAUCCAUUUCUGCUUGUUUAGGUUGACCUCCGACUUCUUCUUCAACUUUCUGCACUCCGAAGAUUUGACCGACUCGGUCAAAGCACUUCGCAUAGAACUUUUUGCUUAUACCUCCCUAGGUCCCAUCUUAGAAGACUUAGGAUUCUUCCGUUUUGAGUUUUGACCGUGCUUGACCACGUUGGCUUUCACAGGUUAGUAGCCUGAUAGAAUAACUGUCUCUUGGAACUCUUGUUGUCUUUCUCAAUUUGAAGUCUAACAAUGAGUUCUUCCACGUUCAUCUCCUUCGGCUUAUGCUUUAGGUAGUUCUUGAAGUCCUUCCUAUCGGGAUGCAACUUCUCAAUGAUUGCUGCCACCUGAAAGGUUUCACUUAGCAUCAUAUGCCUUCUGCGUGAAUCUCGUGCAGAAUCACCUUAAGCUCCUGGAUUUGGCGAAUCACCAUUUUGGAGUCAAGUAUCUUGUAGUCCAGGAAUCGUCCCACAAUGAAUUUCUGACUCUUGCAUCUUUCAUCUUGUACUUCUUAUUCAAGGACUCUCACAGUGCCUUUGUCAUUCUCUUUAUAUUGUACACAACAUACAACGAGUCGGUAUAGAAUUUGAGGAUGCAAUUUCAGCAAAAGAACUCAGAAUGAGUCCAUGCCUCCACUGCACUGAUGCUUGAUGGCCUCGACAUUAGUAGCAUCCUGAGCAUGCUUGGGAGGUUCCUUGUCAAGAACCAAGCUAGAUUUAGCGUGGUCAGGUAAGAGAGCAUCUUAUGCUGCCAUUGCUUGAAGGUUAACCUAGUGAACUUCUCUGGCCUUUCCCAUUGAAAUAUUUCCAAUGGGGGUGGAGGGAGUCUUCACGUGUUGAGCCUGUUGUAUCUCAACCAUUUUCGUGGCCAUCUCAAUAGAAAAUUUUUUGUUUUAAGACUGUCGGGCAAUCUUUCACAAUGAAGAUUGCUUGUAGGAGAUAGGGGAUUUGCUGAAAUUGAAAUUACAAACUAAAAUUAACUUCCUGUUGAGAUGCCAUGAGUUGAUAAUCUCAGGCUGCCAAGUAGGGAAGGAUAAGUUGCUUGGAAAGAUGGGUGGCCAAGAAGGCUUGGCUGAGACCUGGGUAGAGAUGUCUACCGAGACCAGAGAUGUAUGCCAUGAUCAGAGAUGCCUGCCAUAACUAGAGAUGUCUCGAGACUAGGGAUGUCUACCGUGACCAGAGACCUUUGCAGAGAUGUCUGCCGAGACCAGAGAUGUCUACUGUGACCAGAGAUAUAAGAUACCGAGGUCUGUGGUUCACGCAGUUUCUUUAAAAUAGAUUCAUUGGACAUCUGUUUUCCAAGAUACAACGGUAAACCAUGAUCCCCAUCAAACACUGAUGGUCGCGGCGAACUAAGAGGUACCCGAAUACUAUCAUGAGUGGAUCUGCCGAGUGGAUGCACGACAGAGGAAAAACAGUGGGAGAACGUUGGUGGAUAGAGAUCACUUUUCUUGCAUACACCACUCAAGAUCAUAGCCUCCUCUUUUCUAGCUCCGACCUUAUGCAACAUUUAAAUGGCCAAUUAAUCACCAUUUAACGCCUUUUCUCACCCAGAUCAAAACGCUGGGAGGUUUGGGAUACGCCAUUAACAUCAGUUAAUUCAUCCUUUAUGCAUAGGCCUGUAAACAAGCCAAGUCGAGCCAAGCUUGGGGUGUUCAAGCUUGUUUGAUAAGGUAACCGAGCCGAUCCAAACUGAGCCUAAAAUGAACCAAGCUUUUGAAAUGAUUGUUCAAGCUUGGCUUGGUUUAUUUUUGAUGAGCUUGAGCUUGGUUCGUUUAGAUGUUAUCGAGCUUUCAAUUCAAACUUGGCGUGAGCUUGAUUCCUUUAGAUGUUGUCGAGCUCUCAGUUCAAACUUGUUUGAAACUUUUACUUGUUUAAUUGAUUAUUGAGCUUGAUAAUUCAAACUUUGUUUAUUUUAAAAGUGUUUUUUUUGUUUAUUUAGCAUAUUGAUAAAAGUUUUAUUAAUGAACAUGAUUCACGAAUGUUGUUCUUGAACAUUGUUGACAAACGUUGUUCAAGAACCUUAAUGAGCUGAACACAUACGUGUUCAAACUUGUUUGUUUAGUUUAACGAGUUGCUGAAGCUUGUUUAUUUAAUUGAUCUUGUAUGUAUUGAACAAACAUAAACAAGAUUUUACCAAGCCGAAUACCAAGCUUGUUCACGAACGUUUGGUCCAUUUACAACCCUAGUUAUGCACUUGAGCCGGUAGAAAAAUUGGAUUCGAGUGGCAAAAUGUUGGUUCAUUCACUUGGAUAAAUUUUGUCCAAAUCGAUCCGACAUUUGACGCGUGCAUGUUAUGCUUGCACAUGAGUUAACUUGAUUGAGUGCAAUUCAGGCCCUAGAUUUGCACCCUUGUGCGCACUCAGGGGUGAGAGAAAGCCUCUCUCCAUGCAUUUGUUCACAACUACAAUGCUUGUGAAACAAUAUAAACCAAUCAAUACACCUUAAAACUCUCAAUGUGGGACUAAAAUACAACGGAGCUGUUUUCCUCUCCACUUCUUUUCCAUUCACAUAUAUCCAACACUCUUUUCUUUAAAACUGUAGUAGCAACACCUUGCGGUCCCUUUUCUAGACGUCGACAGCCUUCUACAAAAUGUUGCCCUUUUUCUAGUGAUCACAAACAGUUUUUCUUAAUUUCAGUUUUUUCUCAACAAUAGCAACUCUCCCUCUUAUCGUCCUUCACCGUCCUUUCCCAAUCGAGGAGUAAUGUCGUUCUGCCCCUCCGUCAAGUUUGUCGGGGAGUAAUGACAACAAAAAUAAUGGUCCAAGAUGAGAAUCAUAAAUUAACUGAUUUCAAUCGUCAAAGAUUUGACAUAUUUAACAUUGUAGCCAUAUCAUAAUUAUUAUUAUUUCCAUAACUGUUAAGAUUAUCUAUUAUUGUAUUUGUCAUAUUAGUAUUCAUAUAUUGUCUAGUUAAUCUGUAUAAAUAGGAUUGUUAGCUUACGACAAAUAUCAACAAUGAACCAAUUGUCUUCUCAUUAUUUUUCUCUCUAUUCUUUCUUUCCUAUGUGUUUCUAUGUUUUUAUGUUUCAACACUACCUUGCAAUUACAACUGUAUUUGUUGAUAACCUUUUUUGAUACUAAAUGGUGGAGGACAAUUUCUGCAUAAGAAGAUCUGCAUACCUUUUGAUUGAAGAUUUAGAAAUGUAUGUGGAUGUGACUGUGAAUACAGGCACAGUAUGUCUCAGGUCUCGAGAUUGACCAAUGUUCUCUAAUGCAUAAGAAGAUCUGUUCAAAGUGUCAAGAUAAACUUUGAGAAUAUGGAACAAACAUUGAUUUAGGAAAAUUAGGAUCUGGCAUCCGUCUUUGGGCAAAUAUUAAUCCUAAUCUUCUCCUAUCUGUUUUCCUUCCCGCUCUUCUUUUUGAGAGCUCAUUUUUAUUGGAAGUUCAUCAAAUAAAGAAAUGCAUGAUGCAAAUGCUGCUGCUUGCUGGACCAGGUGUUCUCAUAUCAACCUUUUGCCUUGGGGCAGCUGUGAAGGUUACCUUUCCCUAUGGUUGGGAUUGGAAGACAUCAUUGCUUUUGGGAGGGCUUCUUAGUGCUACUGAUCCUGUUGCUGUUGUCGCAUUACUGAAAGAACUUGGAGCAAGCAAAAAGAUGAAGACAAUAAUUGAAGGAGAAUCCCUUAUGAACGACGGGACUGCAAUUGUUGUAUUCCAGUUAUUCUACCAAAUAGUCAUGGGUCAGAGCUUCAAUGUGGGUGAAAUUAUUGAAUUUAUAUCAAAAGUUUCACUUGAAGCUGUAGCUAUGGGCCUAGCUUUUGGAAUAGCAUCUGUGAUAUGGUUGGGUUUCAUAUUCAAUGACACAGUUAUUGAGAUCACACUGACUCUAGCUGUCAGCUACAUUGCUUUCUUCAUGGCUCAAGAUGGGGCAAAUAUUUCAGGUGUCCUAGCUGUGAUGACUUUAGGAAUGUUUUUUGCAGCUUUUGCUAGAACAGCAUUUAAGAGCGAUAGUCAAAGAAGUUUGCAUCAUUUUUGGGAAAUGGUCACUUACAUUGCAAACACAUUAAUAUUCAUCUUAAGUGGAGUGGUUAUUGCUGAUGCUAUAUUCCACAAUGAAAGCCAUUUUGAAAGGCAUGGGAGUUCGUGGGGCUAUGUAAUGUUGCUCUAUGUUUAUCUUCAACUCUCGCGGAUCAUUGUUGUGGGGUGUUUGUAUCCCUUUUUACAAUACUUUGGCUAUGGUAUUACAUGGAAAGAGUCCAUAAUUCUUAUCUGGUCAGGAUUGAGAGGGACUGUUGCAUUGGCUUUGUCACUUUCUGUUAAACGUAACAGUGACAACUUGAAUCAAACAAUUCUCACACAAGAGUUAGGGAUCCUGUUUCUAUUCUUUACUGGUGGGGUUGUUUUCUUGACAUUAAUUGUGAAUGGAUCAACUGUACAGUUCUUGCUUCAUUGUCUAGGCAUGGAUAAACUGUCGACAGAAAAGAUUCGUGUACUAAACUUUGCAAAGUACGAAAUGCGGAACAAGGCCUUAGAAUCUUUCAGUGAUCUUAGAGAUGAUGAAGAACUUGGUCCUGCUGAUUGGCCCACUAUCAUUAAGCAUAUUACAUGCUUAAAUAACUCAAAUGAAGGUCAAAUACACCCCCAUAAUGUUGGGGAGGGUGAGUCUUACUUGCAGACACUAAAUCUGAGGGACAUUCGUGUGCGUUUUCUGAAUGGUGUUCAGGCUGCUUAUUGGGGAAUGCUUGAUGAGGGAAGAAUAACACAGUUUACAGCAAACCUCUUGAUGCAAUCUGUCGAUGAGGCUAUGGAUUUGGUAGCAAGUGCUCCUCUAUCUGAUUGGAAGGGUUUAAAUUCCAGUGUUCAUUUCCCAAAGUAUUAUAGGUUCCUUCAUAUGAGAAGACUUCCACGGAGGGUGGUCACAUAUUUCACUGUGGAACGGUUGGAGUCUGCAUGCUAUAUAUGUGCAGCAUUUCUUCGUGCCCAUAGUAUAGCCAGGAGGCAACUUCAUGAUUUUCUUGGCGAGAGUGCAAUUGCUACUGCUGUCAUCGAUGAAAGCAAUGAAGAAGGUGAGGAAGCUCUAAAAUUUUUGGAAGAUGUUCGCCUAGCAUUUCCCCAGGUUCUCCGUGUUGUCAAGACAAGACAAGUAACAUAUUCUAUACUGAAACAUCUGAGUGAAUAUGUGAAAAAUCUUGAGCAAGUUGGACUACUGGAAGAAAAGGAGACUUUUUAUCUAUAUGAUGCUCUGCAGACUGACCUAAAAAAGCUUCUAAGAAAUCCACCUAUGGUUAAAAUGCCAAAAAUCAGUGAGCUGUUAAGUUCACAUCCUUUGCUUGGUGCAUUACCCUCUAGUUUCCAUGAGCCUCUUGAAAAUUCAACCAAGGAAACAAUAAAACUACAUGGUGAAAACUUGUAUAAAGAGGGUUUGAAGCCCACUGGAAUAUGGCUCAUAUCAAUUGGAGUGGUUAAGUGGACCAGUAAGAAGUUGGCAAACGAGCAUGCAUUGCAUCCAACCUUCUCACAUGGAACUACUUUGGGAUUAUACGAAGUGCUAAUUGGGAAGCCAUAUAUUUGUGACAUGGUUACUGAUUCUGUUGUCCAUUGUUUUUUCAUUAACUCUGAAAAAAUACUAUCACUGCUAAGAUCAGAUUCCGCUAUUGAAGAUUUUCUUUGGCAGGAAAGUGUUAUAGUUGUUGCUAAAACCAUACUUCCUCAAAUAUUUGAGAAAAUGACAAUGCAAGAAUUGAGGAAUCUUAUUGCUGAAAGAUCGAGUAUGAACAUAUACAUAAGAGGAGUAAUAGAAAUCAGACCAAGGUCUGUUGGUUUUUUAUUAGAUGGAUUUCUAAAGACUCAAGAUUCAACUGAACAGUUGAUAGCAUCCCCAGCUGCAUUACUUCCCCUACACAUGGAACAAAGCUUUAUUGGUUUAGAGUCAUCAGGCAUGAACAAUCUCAGCUUUUGUCAUGCUGCCUCUGGCUACCAGGUAGAAACAAGGGCUAGGGUGAUCUUUUUUGACCUUGCUGUGCCAGAGACUGAGGCUUCUCUUUCAAAGAGAUCCACUUCAUGGAUUUCUCUACCCGGUCAACCUCAAAGAACUCUAAGCAAGGAGCAUGCCGGCUUGCUCAGCUGGCCAGAGAAUUUGUUCAAGGGGAGAGGAGAUCAUCAGAAUCCUAAAGAAUCCGACAAGCAAACAACUAGUUUACCAGCUUAUGGGAGCUUGGCCAAUAUCCCAAGCAGCUAUUGCAGAAAUGACCCGAUGGGCUCAUCAGUGAAUCGUUCAUACAGCUUGUCAUACCCUAGACUUCCAUUGCGAUCGGUGAACGAUACCAGAACUCUUGUGUCUGUUCAAUCAGAAAGCAGUAGUCUCAAAAACAGCCUAGCUCCAGCAGGAUCUGCUAGCAGAUUGGGCACAGACCCUCCAUUACCAAUCAGAAAGGAUGGUGAAGAUAACUCGAGUGACGAAUCAGGAGGUGAGGAAGUCAUUAUCAGGAUUGAUUCCCUCAGUAAUCUAUUCUUCUGCCAGACAUCUGAAACUUCAAACGCUCAAAAUAGGUAAAGUAUACAGGUACUUGCUCCUAAAUAUUGUGUGUAUUAUAUGUUGUUUACACUUCCAAAUACACUCCUUGUAUAUCCUUUAUAAGAAUAAAAUGCACUUCGCUCCUCUCCCUGAA